AUCCCCCUGGCCUUCCUGGAGCCCACCAUCGCCAACUGGAUGAAGGACUCCAUGGGGGCCAGCGAGUGGGAGGUGGGCCUCACCUGGCUGCCCGCCUUCUUCCCCCACGUGCUGGGCGUCUACGUCACCGUCCGGCUGGCCGCCGCGUACCCCCACCUGCAGUGGUUCUACGGGGCCCUGGGCAUGGCCGUCAUCGGCGCCAGCUCCUGCCUGGUGCCGGCCUGCAGGAAUUUCGGGCAGGUCAUCGUUCCCCUCUGCGGCAUCUGCUUCGGCAUCGCGCUGGUGGACACGGCCCUGCUGCCCACCCUGGCCUUCCUCGUGGACGUGCGCCACGUCUCUGUCUACGGCAGCGUCUACGCCAUCGCAGACAUCUCCUACUCCGUGGCGUACGCCCUGGGGCCCAUCGUGGCCGGCCAGAUUGUGCACACCAUGGGCUUUGCGCAGCUCAACCUGGGCAUGGGGCUCGCCAACGUGCUGUACGCUCCUGUCCUUCUCUUCCUCAAAAACGUCUGCCAAAUGAAACCCUCUCACUCAGAGAGGAACAUCCUCCUUGAAGAAGGACCUAAAGGACUCUACGACACCAUUAAAAUGGAGGAGCGCAAAGGCACGGGCAAAAGCCUCCAGCCGGGGGGUGAGAUGGAUGAGAACGGCAUGGACUCUUACCACAGAGACACGAAAGGGGUGUCUGAGGAGGACUCAUCAGACUAUGAGUACAGUUAG